UCAAGUUUAUAAAUAUUUAUAAAUAAAUAAAAAUAUUAGAAAUGUUAAGUAACGAAGAUGAAAAUUGGAAAGUGAUAAUUAAACCAAAAUCAGUGGACAAAUCACACACUAUUUCGUCGGCCAUUAAAGCUGAAAAGAAUGCAUCAUCUUUAUACGGCCCAAAGGACCAGAAUAUAAAUAUAAAAAACCAUCAUAUUUGUGAUAUAUGCUUCAAAUCAUUCACUCACUUAUGUUACUUAAUUGCUCAUAAACAAGUUCACACCAAAAAACUACCAUACACAUGUGAAUUAUGUGCUCGCACAUUUAUCACACAUGGUAUAUUAAUGGAUCAUCAGCGUAUCCAUAGCGGUGAAUUUCCGUACAUAUGUAAAGAAUGUGAACAACCAUUUAAACGUAAAAUAAAUCUACAAAUCCAUUUAAAAACACAUACAGAUGGUUUACAAUACAAGUGUACACAUUGUAUUGAGACAUUUUCAACGAGAGCUUUUCUUAAAACACAUCAACGUUUACAUACCCAUUUACAAAUAUUUAAAUGUAAACAAUGUAAAUUAGGUUUUCAAAAUUUACAAGAAUAUCAACGACAUUGUUGUAACGUACAUACGGAAACAAAUUUAUUACAUAAUCAACAGAAUAAUGAGUUAAUUAUGCAACAAUGUAUGGCUCAUUUUAAAUUAGUUGUAUGUGAAACUUGUAAUCAGGCAUUUUAUAAUGAAAAUGAUUUAAAAAGGCAUCAAAAAUAUUAUCAUAAUGAUAAAUUAUUUCAAUGUAAAUUAUGUCAUUUAUCGUAUACGAGCAAAGCUUACUUAAAUAAACAUCGAAAUGAUAGACAUGGCAACGGUGCACAUGCAGGUGACAGUACUAAUGGCGGGUAUUUCAAAUUAAAUUUAAGCGAGAAUAAAAUUUAUAAAUGUGAUAAAUGUUUUUUUUCAUUUACGAAUCAAUCGAAUUUAAAUAAACAUAUUGAAAAACUGCAUAAUCAAGAAAUUCAGAUGUUUAAUAAUUCUAAAUUUGAAAUUACUUUAUUUGAUUAAAAGUAAUGAAUUCAUGCUCCUUUUUUCCAUCAGGUUCCAAGGGGGGGCAAGAGGUCGGCUCCAUUAAUAGAUACUUGAAAAUUAAAAUUGUAAAUAGAUUUUUGAUGCCAUAAUAUGUAUUUGUAAUACGAAAAAUCAAGUGUAAUAUCCUAAAGAAUAAAAAGUUCCUCUUAGUUCAGACUUAGCAAUACAAAUGUAAAUAAAAUUUUUAAAUUGUAAAUAAAUAAUAAAGUUUGAAAAAAAAAGUAUUAUAAUUACUUUCCAGAAAUGUUUUCCAUGUAAAAUCGUUUAAGUAUGUAGAAACCGAUCCAGUCACUAUCCAAAAAAAACUAAAAAUUGGAACGAAGUAAAUGAUUAAUUAAAUUUUUGUUUUUUGUAAAUAUUUAAUUCGUGGAAUGUUGAACCAAGGGAGUUCCAUACAGCUUACUUGACCAAUCAUCAUACAUGUAAAGGAUGUUUUCUCUCCUCCGGGCAGAAAUUGUAAACUUGCAUCCCGCUGUGCUACACGAAGUUGCCACUUGCUGCCUCCGUCGAGUAGGAAAAUAGUAUAUA